AUGGCUUCUCUGAGAUCUACCUCGACUGCAGCCGCUCGACUCCUCCGGAGUGCGUCGUGGCAGCAAACCCGAAUCGUCGUCGCUGGACGCAGACACGAGAGCUCUCUCGUCCGCUCAGAGAAACCAGGCCCCGCGCUCCCCGACACCAGCGAGAAACCGGCAAACCAGCCCGACUACCAGGCCACCUUCGACAAGGCGACAUCAACCUUUAGCCCCGUUCCCAAGCGCGUGCUUGAUGGCAGCGAGCCGACCGACGUUCUUCCCGCGGCAGUUCUCUCAGGUGCUCCCAUGGAGCUUCAGGCCCGGACAGUCCGCAUCUACCGCCCCUCGAAGCCAGCUACGCAGUCUGGCACCCACGGAUUGCGCCAGUGGCGUAUGGACUGGGACGUCUUGGGCAAAGGUCACCGCUGGGAGAAUCCUCUGAUGGGUUGGCAGUCAUCAGGCGACUUCAUGCAGGGCUCGCACAUAUACUUCAAGAGCAAGGAGGAUGCCAUCGCGUUUGCCGAAAAGCAGGGCUACGAGUAUUUUGUGCAGGAGCCCAACGAGCGCAAGAUCACGCCCAAGGCCUACGCCAACAACUUCUUGUACAGUGACAAGAAAUUGAAGCAUAUUAGGACCAAAUAG